AGAGUUUUGAACACUCGUCAGCAAUGCUGGCUGCAGGAAAACUCGUGCUUUUAUUAACUCUCACGGCUCAAAUUAUUCACGGACAGCUCACGCCAAUUCUAACCGAUCCAACUGCCUACACUACGGCAGUGAUUGACGCACUUUGGGUGAAGAUUAAGAAUCAUGGAAUAUCGAAUCUCCCCGUCCUCGACUCCACGGUGAAUUACAAUGUGACCGACCUUGGCGUCGAACUGAAUGGCCCGGUAUCAUUCGAGGAUGGGUUCGUGCAAGAUAUCGACUUGGUUUACGGCAGCCCGCAACACUUCACAUCGUCAACGGGAACAGCUUUGAGCACAGUGAACGGGCGCAUAUUAUUCGAAAAAUUAAGGGUAUACCUGGACUUGCGCGCAGAUCUUUCCCAAGGGAUGAAAAUCGGGACUAUCGUCGUGGAGCCCGAAACUUUGGCGUUCCAGCUGACGAUCUCAAAACCACACAACGCGAAUAAUGUUACUUCGACCGUGUCAUUUUUGUCGUUAAGUACUAUCGAAUGGGAUAUGGUUCCGGAUGACCUAAUAACAAGGUUAAUACGAAGACGGUUUGCCAUGCAAAGUGCGAUGCAGCCAGAAGUGGUGAAUUUACUUCUUCCGACGGCACAUGAAUGGGAACCCAUACUUUCAAAAUUUGUCGAAGAAAUUGUCGAGACGAUGGAGUUUCCACAAUUAGAUUUUUAACUUUUCAUCAAGCUCUGUGUCAUGAGUAAGGAAAGGAAAACCAUUCUUAACCGGUCCUGGGUAACCCGACUGAGCUUUCUAUAUAAAAUACAUACCAUAAUAAGACUCUACUUCA